AUGAAUGUUGGUGUGCAUACGGUGGGUGCUCUUUCUCUGGAUGACGGGGUGAUACCUCCUCCUGGGUUGAAUCCGAACAUGAUGGGGAUGGGCAAUAUGCCGAUGGGUGUUCCGCCUAUGGGUGCCGGUGGCAAUGCUGGCAAUGCUGGCAAUGCUGGCAAUCAGAAUCCAAACGCGAGUGCGGGUGGUAAUGCUGGUAGCUCGAAUGCUAAUGCCGCUUCUGCCAAUAAUAACGCUUCGAGUGGUAAUGCUCCUGCAGGUACGGCGCAACAUGCACUAGACGACCCCAACGUUUACCAUUGGAUAUGCGAGUUGACGUACGGUCCACAGAAGGAGCAAGCGUUGCUGGAGCUCGGGAGGAAGCGUGAGCAGUUCGACGACCUGGCGAUUGUGCUAUGGUCCUCCUUUGGCGUCAUGACCUCACUGCUGAACGAAAUAAUAUCCGUGUACCCAAUGCUUCAACCACAACUCCUUACCAGCCAGUUAUCUAACAGGGUCUGCAACGCGCUGGUACUAUUGCAAUGUGUGGCUUCCCACUCAGAAACCAAACAUCUAUUCUUACAAGCACAUUUCCCAAUGUUUCUGUUCCCAUUCCUAAACACAACUUCGAGACAGAGAACCUUUGAGUACUUGAGACUGACAUCCCUCGGUGUCAUUGGUGCUCUUGUGAAGAACGACUCCAAGGAUGUUAUCGGGUUCCUGUUGAGAACCGACAUAGUGCCACUGUGUCUCAGAAUCAUGGAAUCCUCGUCCGAGCUCUCAAAGACCGUGGCUAUCUUCAUUCUACAGAAGAUCUUGCUGGAUGACGUUGGGCUACAAUACAUCUGUGCCACAUUAGAGAGAUUCUAUGCGGUCACUAAUGUACUAAAGGACAUGGUAGAACAUUUGACUGUCCACACACCUCCCGGCAGGCUGCUGAAACAUAUAAUAAGAUGCUAUCUGAGGUUGAGCGACGAUCUUGAGGCUAGACGUGUACUGAAAGUAGUACUCCCAAACAAGCUAAGAGACAACACCUUCACAGAAGUUCUGAUGGAUGAUGUCGCCACCAAGAGAUGUCUGGCUCAAUUACUAUUGACAUUAAACGAAGAAAACUAA